AUGGUUGGUAAAGUUUUCUUAUUAGACAUUGAAGGUACAGUUUGUCCAAUUUCAUUUGUUAAAGAUAUAUUAUUUCCAUAUUUUGUAUCCCAAGUUCCACAAUUAGUCUCGCAAAGACAUCUCUCUAAUGAUAAAAAAAUUGAUGAGAUUUUAGAUUCUUUUGGUAUUGAAGAUAAUGAUGUACUAAAGACUCAUAUCUUGGACCUUGUUUCUCGUGAUGUGAAGGAUUCAAAAUUAAAGUCGUUGCAAGGCUUUAUAUGGGAGAAUGGUUAUAUUGAUGGAUCUAUUAAAGCACCAAUCUAUAAGGAUGCAAUCGAAUUGAUCUUCAACCCAAGUAAUAGGAUUUAUAUCUACUCAAGUGGAUCAGUUAAAGCACAAAUUUUAUUAUUUAAAUAUGCAUGUCAAUUUGAUGAUGUUAACAAAAAGUCGAUUGAUUUGACUCCAUUUAUUAAAGGUUAUUUCGAUAUCAAUACUUCAGGUCCUAAGAUUGAAUCAAAAUCAUAUGAGAAUAUACUAAAAGAUAUUGGUGAAAAGGGUGAAAAUAUACUUUUCUUAAGUGAUAAUCCAUUAGAAUUAGAUGCUGCUAAACAAUGUAAUAUUAACGUUGGGCUAGCAUUAAGAGAUGGUAAUAAUCCAGUAAAGAAUAAAGAAGAUUAUCCAAAUUAUACUACUUUUGAGAAUUUGUAA